ACAAUGCUCCAGGCCAUCGAGAGGUACAUGAAACAGGCCAUUGUGGACAAAGUCCCCAGCGUGUCCAGCUCUGCACUGGUGUCUUCCUUGCACAUGAUGAAAAUCAGUUAUGAUGUGGUCAAAAGGUGGAUUAAUGAAGCUCAGGAAGCAGCUUCCAGUGACAACAUCAUGGUACAGUAUCAUGCUUUGGGGCUGCUCUAUCACCUUAGGAAAAACGACCGCCUGGCUGUCUCCAAGAUGUUGAACAAAUUCACCAAAUCCGGCCUGAAAUCCCAAUUUGCCUACUGCAUGCUGAUCAGGAUUGCCAGCAAACUCCUCAAGGAAUCCGAGGAGGGGUAAGGAUUGA